UGUGACCUGACCUUUUCCAGGAACGGGGAGUGCUCCCUGACUCAAUUCUUAUCUUGGAUGAAUGAAGAGUAAAAGAGGACCUGAGCUUGAAUGGUGAAAUUAGUAGACGGAGGACCAAGGACACGGAGUAGCAUUUUGGAACAGAAGAAACAGUCAAACAGAACAUUCAACAAAUGCUGGCGUUUUCUUCCAAUGCUUUCCAUACAUCAAUGUUCUUUGGCCCCUUCAGGUUAUAGGCUAUUAAAGUUCUCAGAUAGUAGCAUCACAUCCCUCCUUAGAUUUUGCAAGACCAUUGGGCAUCUAAACCAAGUCCAUGCGCAAAUCAUCAGCAAAGGAUUAGAGCAAGAUCAUUAUGUCAUUGCAAAGUUCAUUUCCCUCUCCAAUUCCCUUGCUCCUCUCAAUUAUUCAUGUAUGUUUGUAGGUACGAGUUUGAUUGACAUGUAUGGGAAAUGCAGGAAGACUAGUGAUGCUCGCAAGGUAUUUGAUGAGAUGACGGAGAGAAAUGUUGUUUCUUGGACAGCUAUGGUGGUUGGGUAUGUAGCUGUUGGAAAUGUUGUGGAGGCAAAGAGGUUGUUUGAUGUAAUGCCACAGAAAAAUGUUGCUUCAUGGAAUGCAAUGAUUCAAGGGUUUGUAAAAAUGGGAGAUUUGGGCAGUGCUAGAGGUGUAUUUGACUCCAUGCCUGAAAAGAAUGUAGUUUCCUUUACGACUAUGAUUGAUGCCUAUGCAAGAAGUGGUGAUAUGGUGUCCGCUAGGUUAUUGUUUGAUCAAUCCUCAGAUAAAGAUCUUGUUGCUUGGUCUGUAUUGAUAUCAGGGUAUGUCCAGAAUGGUCAGCCUAAUGCAGCAUUGCUAAUUUUUCUAGAGAUGGAGUCUUUGAAUGUUAAGCCUGAUGAGUUUAUAUUGGUCAGCUUGAUGUCUGCUUGUUCCCAGUUGGGGUGUAUAGAACUCACACAGUGGGUUGAUUCUUAUGUAAGCAAGAGCUUUAUUGAUCUUCAACAAAAUCAUGUGAUGGCAGCUCUUAUGGAUAUGAAUGCAAAGAGUGGAAACUUGGAGAGGGCACUAAAACUGUUUGAAAACAUGCCUAAAAGAGAUGUAAUUUCAUAUUGUUCAAUGAUACAGGGGUUGUCAAUUCAUGGGCAUGGAGUUGAAGCUAUAAACCUCUUCAAUAAGAUGCUGACAGAAGGACUAGUUCCUGAUGAAGUGGCCUUCACAAUUAUCCUGACAGCUUGUAGUCAUUCUGGACUAGUUGAUGAAGGUUGGAACUAUUUUAAUUCCAUGAAGCAUAAAUUCUGCAUUAGUCCUUCUCCUGAUCACUAUGCAUGUAUGGUUGAUCUUCUUAGCCGAUCAGGGUAUACAAGGGCUGCCUACGAACUUAUAAAAUCAUUGCCUAUAGAACCUCUUGCUGGUGCUUGGAGUGCACUUCUUGGGGCUUGCAAGCUAUAUAGCGAUCCAGACUUAGCAGAGGUUGUUGCUAAUCGACUAUUUGAGCUUGAGCCUCAAAAAGCUGCUAAUUACGUGCUAUUGUCUAAUAUCUAUGCUGCUGCAGAGCGAUGGAUUGAUGUUUCCACUGUGAGGAAUAAGAUGAGGGAAAGGGGUGGGAGAAAGAUACCUGGCUACAGUCAGAUUUAGUCCAGAGCUGAAGUUGUGUUACAAACAUGUAUUUUAUUGAAAUUGUUAGCUUCCUGAGAUGAUUUAUAAGUCAAAUCAUUGAUUCGAACACUCUAGGAUAGAUUGAGAAUAUGGUUGUUGAGAUAGGAGUAGCAAACUUGAGCUAGAACCGGAAUUAUUGAUAUCAGGGGAUGAAUUUCGUCAAAUUGAGAAUAUUAGCUAUCAGUUAAGUUGUCCAAGUGUUGAUUUCAUGGGGAUUGUAUUGACCGUAGCUUUGUGGAUACCUUCGCAAUGGGGGUUUAGCUUUGAUUCAUUGACAUAGAGGGUUAACUAUUCUGUUGAUUUUGGUUGAGUAGAUACCAUUCCAUUUUACAAUUUUAUCACUCGCCUGAGAUGCUUUAUUUUCAAGCCCAUGUAAAUUUCAAAGAUGAUGUGUUUUCUUCACCAUUAACAAACCACUCUCUUCA